UAAUAUACGCCAGCGGGUGCUGAUGUUGACGUUUGUGAGGCGAGCGACCUGCCAGAGGGAUGGCAGACUUGGCCCGGGACGUGUUGGGGGCCCGGGACGUGUUGAGGAACCAGGACGGGCUGGGGGCCCAGGACGUGCUGGAGGACACCCACGACGUGCUGAGGGCCCAGGACGUGUUGGGGAAGCAGGACGUGCUGGGGGCCCAGGACGUGCUGGAGGACACCCACGACGGCAAGAAGCUGGAGAAUGCCUCCCGCUUCCCCCGCCACGGCUGGGUGGUGCCUCUUGACCACAAGUUCCCAGAGAGGAGAGACCAGAGGAUCCGACCCCGGCUCGGCCAGCUGCCUCAACUGAUGCCGCUCUUUAUGAGGUAUCUGGUGUGGUACAUAUACACAAGAGCAAGAGGGAGGAAGCCAUGGAUUGACUGUAUCUGUAUGAUGCAUGGAAAACAAAUGUAUGGAGUUCCGUUGGGUGGCAUUGGCUCGGGUACAAUUGGUCGUGGGUUCCGUGGAGAAUUUUGUCGAUAUCAAAUGGUGCCCGGCAUUUAUGAAUACCACACAGUGAUGGCCAAUCAGUUCAUUGUGACAAUUCGCGAUCCUAAAGGAAACACGCUGUAUCAGAAAGUAUUAUCAACACAUAGUAAAUCCAGAAAAGGAUUGGGGUCUUGGGACUGGGGCUUCAGUGGUGCCGAUGGCCUCUACUGUGGUCUCUAUCCCCGGUCGUGGACAGUCUACAAUAUUAAAGAGCAGGGUAUCAGAUUGAUCUGUCGUCAGAUCUCGCCCGUUAUACCUCACAAUUAUAAGGAUUCUUGUUUACCUGUUGGUGUAUUUGUAUGGAACAUAGAAAAUCACAACCCAGAACCAAGAGAUGUGUCGAUAACAUUCACGUUCAAAAAUGGUACUGGCGGAAGUGAAGAUAAAACGGGUGAAUGCUGGAGUGAGGUGUUUGAACAAGCACACAAGGACACUAAAUUAAAAGGAGUUGUAUUGCAUCAAACUCUCAGAAGUCUAAAUCUCCGUUAUUGUUUAGCAAUCAGGGAGAAGACAGGAGUAUCAGUGUCAAACUGUCCUGGAUUUGAUCCUCUGGGACCAGGUGACUCCAUUUGGAAUGAUCUGAAACUGGAUGGCGAGUUGGACUCCAGCGACGUACCAUUAACCAAAACAAGAAAGGGCGAAGAAAGAGCAGUUGCUGUUUGUGGAAAAUGUAGUAUUAGUGGAAAUAGUUCAGGCAUGGUAGAAAUGGUCCUGGUCUGGGACAUGCCUCAAAUUGUUUUCAAGAGCAGAGAAGUAACUCAUACCAGACGAUACGUACGCUGGUUUGGUGAUGAGCACACAUCAGCGCAGGAGAUGGCUGCGUACGCCCUUCACUACUAUAAGAAAUGGGAGGAUGAUAUUGAGGCCUGGCAGAAUCCCAUCCUCCAGGACAAAGAUUUACCAGACUGGUUUAAGAGUGCUGUGUUCAAUGAGCUGUACUUCAUAUCAGAUGGUGGAUCAGUCUGGCUAGAGAUGCCACAGCCUGUAAAUACUUCAUUGCCUUCAUAUGAUUCACGGCCUGAAUUUGGUCGAUUUGCAUACCUGGAAAGUCACGAGUAUCGCAUGUACAAUACAUAUGAUGUACACUUUUAUGCAUCGUGGGCGUUGGUGAUGCUCUGGCCUGAACUGCAGAAGUCACUGCAGUAUGACAUGGCCCAGUGGACGAUAUCGGCCGACCUCACGCCACGCACUCAUCUUUUUCGUGGAAAUAAAGGUGUCAGAAAGUUGGCAAAUGCUGUUCCUCAUGAUGCUGGUGAUCCUGAGGAUGAGCCAUUUGUGCGAGUUAAUGCCUACCAGAUACAUGACACCAGCUUUUGGAAGGAUCUAAAUCUUAAGUUUGUUUUGCAGGUUUUCAGAGAUUACAGUUUCUUUAAAGACCAGGAUUACAUAACACACAUGUGGCCUGUAUGCCGAGCCGUGAUGGAUCGCUGCUUUACCUAUGAUCGAGACGGUGACGGGCUAAUUGAAAAUGAAGGGGAAGCCGAUCAAACAUAUGAUUCUUGGAUCAUGCAUGGGCCUUCCGCUUACUGUUCCUCACUAUGGGUGGCAGCUUUGGCUGUCAUGGUGGAGAUGGCUGUUAAACUUAAUGAUGAAUCUGAGGAGAUAAAGUUUGCCGAAGCUCUUGCUAAAGCCAAAUUAACACUCCAGGAAAAGCUAUGGAAUGGUAAAUAUUACAAGUUCGAUUGCUGUGAUGCAGCUCACAGUAAGAGCAUCAUGUCAGACCAGCUGGUAGGCCAUUGGUACCUGUCUCUGUCCAAUAUUGGUGUCGAGGUCUUUCAGCACGAUUGUGUCAAAUCAGUGCUGAAACUUCUCUAUGAAUAUAAUGUGCUGCAGUUCAAUAAUGGAGAAAUGGGUGCAGUCAAUGGUAUGAACCCAGAUGGUAGCAUUGAUCGCUACACGCUACAGAGUGAAGAAAUGUGGGUGGGCGUCACUUAUGGCUUGGCUGCAACAAUGAUCUUUGAGGGUAUGGUUGAAGAAGGAUUUAAAACGGCUGAAGGAGUUUAUCGCACAGUGUACGAGAAGAUUGGCCUAGGUUUUGAAACUCCUGAAGCUUUGUAUGGGGAGCGCAAAUACAGAGCUAUUGGAUACAUGCGCCCUCUGUCUAUAUGGUCCAUGUAUUAUGCAUACUGCCUGCAACAGAAAAAAAAGGCAACAGAAAACGAAGAGAAGGCCUCAAGAGGAAGCCCGUCCCCCAUUCUGUCAGCCGGAUGUACCAGGGAUAUGGCAUUCGACUCGUCAAGUGAUGCAUCACAAUGAAUUGUUUGGGUGGUCUAUAAUAGUGUUUGAUAUUCAGUAACAUAUUUUAGAUACUGAGCAUGAUGCAUUGUGCAUUACAUAUUGUGUGCUCAUUGAGAUAUUAUUCAGAGGGUAAUAACUUAUUGGACAAUAAUGAGUGAGAAUUAUAGAACAAGUGUUAUUUAGUGUACAAUGUGAUGUGAAAGAGAAAUAAGAACUAGUGUAUUGCCAAAGACAAUUUAGUUUUUCUCAAGUGUACCUCAGUUUUGGAGUGAAGUGUAAAGCUAUUAAAUGUUGGAUGAAUAGCCACUACACUGCCAAUGCCAACUGUAUACAAGCAGCUUUAAUAAAUUAGCACUUUACUCUAUUUGUCAUUUUUUACAGAUUUCAAAACAGCCUUGGCAUUAUUUCAUUGCCAAGUGUGUGUGUGUGUGUGUGUGUGUGUGUGUGUGUGUGUGUGUGUGUGUGUGUGUGUGUGUGUGUGUGUGUGUGUGUGUGUGUGUGUGUGUGUGUGUGUGUGUGUGUGUGUGUGUUAGAUGUACAGGAGUCAACCUAAAGCUAUAUUUUUCAGCCAGGUUGUAUAAAGAGCUCAAGAUGGAUAAAAACUUUAGAUGAAUUUAUGUAAAUAUGAUGUGCAUUAUUUAUAGCCUCCAGUUAUAAAUAUUUAAUUAUUGUUAUUAGGUAUUCCUUAAACUCUUAAAGGGAUACAUAAUAACCACUCUUGAGCCACUGUAGACGUCUGCAUUUAUACAAGAAUGAUGUUAAACUCUUGAGGUUCAUUACACACACAGAUCACAUUAACGUGAUGCAUCAAAUGAACAAAUCCACAAGGGCCGUGACGAGGAUUCGAACCUGCGUCUGGGAGCAUC